AUGUCUCUGGCCAUAAAAGUCAUCUUCCUCUUCAUAUUGGUUGAAUCUCCUUGGGAAAAGUAUGUUGUGAAUCCGUUUGCUGCAAAUCCGUUUGCUGAUGAGGAAACAAAAAUCAAUCAAGAGAUUGACUAUUUCGAUAUUUUGAGAGGGACGAUUAGAACAUGGCAAAGAGAAGCAGAGCAAAAAUACCCACUUUGGACAUCUGCCAAUUACAUGGAUCGAGCUUCAAACUUGCAAGAGAAAGUUCGAGGUUAUGUUCAGCUUUGGGGGAAGAGGUAA